AUGAGCUGGAAAAGAGUGGGAAAGGCAGCACAGGCGGUGGCAGCGCACGCUUUUCUUUUUAGUUUCACGGUUUCGCUUGUUCUAAAGCUCGAUCAUACCGUCUCCUAUUCUUGGUGGAUUGUUUUUCUUCCACUCUGGCUAUUUCAUGCAGUUGUCGCCCGAGGAAGAUUCUCUCUACCUGCCCCAUCUGUUCCACAUGAUCGCCAUUGGGCACCAUGUCAUGCUCUUGUUGCUGCGCCGUUGCUUGUUGCAUUUGAACUGCUUCUUUGUACAUAUCUUGAGAGCACAUAUGUCAAUCAUUCUGCUGCAGUGAACUUGAAAAUUGUCUUCCUUCCUUUGUUGGGAUUUGAGGUUAUUAUCCUCAUUGACAAUUUUAGAACGUGCAAGGCUUUAUUACCUGGAGAUAGUGAAAGCAUGAGUGAUGAGGCAAUAUGGGAAACUCUUCCUCACUUCUGGGUGGCAAUCUCCAUGAUUUUCUUUCUUGCUGCUACAGUGUUCACCCUCCUGAAGCUGUGUGGUGAUAUUGCUGCCCUUGGCUGGUGGGACUUGUUCAUAAAUUAUGGUAUCGCAGAGUGCUUUGCAUUUCUUGUCUGUACAAAAUGGUCUAAUCCUGCGAUUCAUAGAAAUUCUCAUACAAUAGAACCAAGUUCAUCAUCAACUGCUAUUAGAUAUCUUGACUGGAACAGCAGUUUGGUGGUUUCUUCGGAGGAUCACUCCCGGGAUAGAAUGUGUGGUCUGCAAGACAUUGGUGGCCACAUUAUGAAAAUUCCAAUUAUUUUUUUUCAAAUCCUCCUUUGUAUGCGCCUUGAGGGAACACCACCAGUUGCUGGACAUAUUCCUCUUCCAAUCAUCUUUUCUCCAAUUUUUGUACUGCAAGCAGCUGGACUCUUGUUUUCUGCAUCAAGAUUAGUAGAGAAAAUUGUUAUUUUACUACGAAGUGAAGCUGUCAGAGGAAGAUAUUUUACAUACUCUUCAAGAGUUCGUGAUUGCUUUGCUUUCUUGCACCAUGGCUCCAGGCUGCUUGGCUGGUGGUCGUUAGAUGAAGCAAGUCAAGAAGAGCAGGCACACCUCUUCCAAGAUGGGGUCUCAGGUUAUAACACUUUUUGCGGUUAUCCACCCGAUAUAGUGAAGAAAAUGCCAAAGAAGGAUCUCGCUGAGGAGGUUUGGAGACUUCAAGCUGCUCUUGGUGAACAAGUGGAAAUUACCAAAUACAACCAACAAGAGUAUGAAAGACUUCAACAUGAAAAAGUUCUAUGUAGAGUCUGCUUCGAGGGAGAGAUUAGCCUGGUUCUUCUUCCAUGUAGGCACCGCAUUCUGUGCAGCAACUGCUCUGAUAAAUGUAAGAAAUGCCCUAUUUGUCGUGUCUCUAUUGAGGAACGCUUACCUGUAUAUGAUGUAUAG